UGCAGCGACUGUGAUGGUAGCUACCACACGGGAAAAUGUUCUGGAAUUUCUGACAAAACAAUCAAAACGAAGGGCGAAGCGUAUCGUUUAGCUUGGCGCUGCCCAGCCUGUCGUCGUUUAAAAUCCUGUGCACAAGCUCGGGAUCCUACACUGAGUGACGACUUGGAAACGCAUGAUGUGCGACAAAUGCUAAGGGUGAUCAAUGAGAAACUUGACCAGCUCUUACCGCUCAGGGAAGUAGUUGAGGGCAUUGAAGAUUCAAUGCAAUUUUGGAGCGAGCAGUACGACGAACUGCGGGAACGAACAGAACAAAAUGAAAAGGACAUCAAAGACCUAAAACGCAGAAUGGAAAAACUUGAGGCGCAGGACGUUGAAGUAAAUCAGAUGCAAUGCGAAAUCGAUAACCUUGAAUGGAGAAGCCGGCGCCUUAACCUCGAGUUUCACGGAAUACAGGUAACCGAAAAGGAAAAUUUGCUGAGCAAACUAAACGUACUUGCCACACAGCUCGAACUGCCACAGCUUUCUGAUAUGGACGUGGUGUCCAUUCACCGUCUGCCUUCAAGGAAAGAUAAAACGCCGGGCGUAAUCUGCCGCUUUGCAAGACAGGCUGAUAGAGAUAGAUGGUGGGAAAGCAGAAAGAAGUUACGUGAUUCGAAUGACACUCUGUUUCUACUUGAAAACUUGACAAGACGAUCCCGUUCUCUACUUUUCGAAACGAAAGCCUGGGCCAAAAGGAACAAUUGUAAAUACGCGUGGCACAGCAAUGGCCGAGUGCAUGUGCGCAAGUCUGACGAAAGCCGCGCGGUGGUAGUCUCUAAUAUUGCCGACCUAGAUAAGCUUCGAUAAGAAAUGAGCAAUCGACUAUCUAUGGCAAGUACAGCCAGCGAAUCAUACUUACUUCCGAAUUCUUUUGAAAAGCAUCUAGGAAAACCGUUCUUGCGGUCGUUUAAAUGUUUUCACUCGAAUAUACGCUCAAUUAAAAAUAAAGAGUCCGAUCUUCGUCUAUUAUU